GGCACCGUCUAUCGACCUAAGUGAAAUUGUUGUGCUGCCUCUGAAGUAGUGUUAGUCCCACAGUGAAAGGGGUAGGAGGGCCCUUGUUAAACCACACACCGCUCACGGUUUCGCCAAUGGAAUUCAAGAUAGAUAUUUGAAUUUGAGAGAAUUAUUUUUUCGAAAGGUGUGUGUUGUACUGGAAAAUGAUUAUUAGGACCAAUUUGCGAGCUUCAGACAGGCAGCACUGUCAUAUUCAAGCAUUUCAAUUCACCAGUACGACAUCAAGAUCAUUGAUGGUAUUCCAUUGAUUGAUCUGAAGGGAAACUCAGCUACGAUUAAACUACGGUUUUGCAGAUUGGCUUCUACGGUUGAACUUAUUUACAGUUUUUCCCAGUGAAACGUUUUUUAAAACUAUAAUGCAAUGGGAAAUACGGAGAGCAAUGUCACCAGCGGUGUCAAGAAGCAGACGGACACCUCGUCCAUUACUAUGUACAAGUUGGUCGACCUCAAGGGCGGAGGUCUUCUGGUUGAGCUGAUGAAAAGAGCAACGCAGAACAAGCAGUACGCCGAGCUGGAUCAUGCUAUUAAAACGAAAGUGGAGCCAUUUCUCUACAAUAAAGGCAAUGGGCGACUCAUUUCAAUUGCCAAACUCGUCCUCUUGCGAAACAAAGAUCGGCCCCGGACCAAAAUGCUUCCACCUCUCAAAAACAUGGAGAACCCAGAUGACUUUGAUGUUAUAGGAAGCAACAUACCAGGCAUUCCGGAGCCCAAAGAGACUGAUGAUCCAAGCACCUACAGAGACGUCUGCUGGGACCUGAAUGAGAGGGGAGCAGUGGGUGAGACUAUUCUCCAUCUCUGUCUGUUGAACGCCACUUCGGUUCACGCCGAUCUAGCCAAACGUCUUCUCAAGUUCUAUCCGAAACUCAUCAACGAUAUCUACAUGUGUGACGAGUACUAUGGAGAGAGCGUACUGCACAUAGCAAUCGUGAACGAGGAUCCAGGCAUGGUGAAGUUCCUGCUGAACUCGGGAGCCGACUUUCACGAACGCUGCUUCGGCAACUUCAUGUGUCCCGAGGACCAGAAGGCAUCCCGCUCCGAUUCCUUCGAUCACGAAUGGGUCAAUCUCUGGCCUGUCACCAACUACGAGGGCUAUGUGUACUGGGGUGAAUACCCGCUAUCUUUUGCUGCAUGUUUGGGUCAGGAGGAAUGCUAUCGGCUCAUGCUAGCCAGGGGUGCCAACCCCGACAACCAGGACACUAAUGGCAACACUGUUCUUCACAUGCUUGUCAUCUACGAGAAAAUGGGAACGUUUGACACAGCUUACGAGCUGGGUGCUAACGUAUCGGUGAGAAACAUUCAGAACUUGACACCUUUGACACUGGCAGCCAAGUUGGCCAGAAUUGAAAUGUUCUUCCACAUAAUGAACAUCGAACGAGAAAUUUACUGGCAAAUUGGUAGUAUUACUUGUGCGGCCUAUCCCUUGAUGCUAAUCGAUACAAUAGAUAUUGAAACAGGGAAUAUUAGCAAAGAUUCGGCUCUCAAUCUUGUCGUAUUUGGGGACAAAGAUGAGCAUUUGGAUUUGAUGGAAGGCGUGCUGGUAGAUUUGCUCCAUGCCAAAUGGAAUGCAUUUGUCAAGUUCAGGUUUUACCGCCAGUUCAUAAUGUUCUUCCAGUACUUUCUGAUAUCGUGCGUGUGCUUCAUACUGCGGCCGGGUCCCCCCGAAGCGCACGACGGCAUGAACAUCACCGCCAAUGCUACACUCAACCUGAGCUUCGGGGUGCUCGAAGUCCGACCUGAAGCGUUGCAAGCGCUGCUCUACAGGCUCGAGAAGCUGUCACUGCCCCAGUCGGGUGAUCUGGAAAGGUUCAUUCUGGAAUCUCUGGCUGAUGAGAAGUCAAUUUCAGAAGCUGCAUUAGAGAACGAUGAGAAUCGGGAACCAGGCUGGAACAAUAGUGUGUUUUCGACCUAUGAAACGCUGGCUCGUGAUACGGGCUACCAAACUGAUGAGAGUCCACAUGACGGAUUGUCGAGUAGUAUGGAUUACGCCGAGGUGGCCGAGCGAUUGACCAAACUGAUGAUUGAUGUCAAUCUGACUGAGAGGAGUGGAGCUGUCAAUGAGAUUAUACUGAAAGCUUUGCCUAGUCUUGAGGAGAAAGAAGACGGUUUGGAGGAGUGGUGGAGCGGAAUAGCCGGUGACUGUAUCCUGUUGCAGGUGAAUGACCUCUACGACUUGGCACGCCUGUGCGCCGAGGUGGCGCUUGAAAUUGGCGCAUUUCUCUACCUGCUGGCAGCACUGCGCGAGGCCCGCUUCCUCGGACUCAAAAUGAUGAUCGAGAAUCUGAUGACGGCGCCGUCGCGUGUGAUGUUCCUGUUCUCGUGCUGCCUGAUGAUGACGAUGCCCUUCUUCCGCUUCACCUGCCAGGACGAGACCGAGGACAUCCUGGCCGUUGUCAUCAUGCUCACAACGGGGCCUUACUUCCUCUUCUUUUGCAGAGGGUUCAAAACAGUGGGACCUUUCGUAGUGAUGAUUUACAGAAUGGUAAUGGGUGAUCUUCUUCGUUUCGCAUCCAUUUAUUUGGUGUUUGUUAUGGGAUUUUCACAAGCGUAUUACAUAAUUUUCUUGACGUACGACAACCCGACGACACCAGAAGGUACGGACGACACUACGUCGAAUCCACUGCCCAGUCCAAUUGAAGCCAUUAUGGCCAUGUUCUUCAUGUCACUCACCAACUUUGGAGACUACUACUCUGCGUUCGAGAACACCGAACAUGAAAUCGAAGCUAAGGCUUUCUUUGUGAUUUACAUGGUGAUUGUGGCAAUUCUUCUAAUCAACAUGUUGAUCGCUAUGAUGGGUAACACUUACCAGAAGAUUGCUGAAACAAAGAAUGAAUGGCAAAGACAGUGGGCAAGAAUAGUUCUGGUUGUGGAGAGAGGUGUUAGUCCUAAGGAACGCUUGAAAAAGCUUAUGUCCUAUUCACAGCCUAUGUCCGAUGGAAGGAGGGCUCUGGUUCUCAGGCUGAACAUGACGGAAGAAGACAAGGAAGAAAUGAAAGAAAUCCUGGAAAUGAAACGUGUACAUGAUAAAAUUGUCAUGAAGCGCAAAAAAGGCUUGAAAUUGUUGGGGACUACAACUCCUAGUCCAAAGAGGAUGAAAGGCCGAGAAACUCCUAUUUAAAACCGUAUAACAUUUCAGUUUUUGUUUUAUAUCUGCAAUGAGUUAUAAAUAUUUUGGCAAAGUAAUUCAAUAAAUCCAUUCUCCUUCUCCCACAGUUCAUUAUAGUGAUCCAAAAUUUAGUAGUAAUUUUAUCUAGGUUAUUAUUCUUUAUAGUCUACUGCUCAUGACAAACAGCUUUUUAUUAUUUCACUUUACAACAUUUCAAAACUCUGUAUCCUGUUUGAAAUUAAAUUUUAUAUUUUGUAUUC